UCGCACAAGGAACAUAACGAAAAGAGCUUGAUUUGAUCGUAAAAUUAAGAAAGCCGGUGAAUCGCAAGUGGAAUUUUGUGUGCUCUGUUUUGUGAACUGAUAGCAAGUCAGUGUGUGGAAAAAGGACUUUGAAAAAUUGUGGACAUUUACGAGUGAUCGUUUGAAACGUUGUUUAGUGAUCUCACGAUGGCUACAGUGGUACGCAGCAUGGCCCUAGGGCCGAACAUGUACAUUCCCAAUGGACCAACGUUGAUACAGCAGACAGCGCCGGUUAAUCCUUAUCGGAAACGCCCAAUCGCACCGGCUCCAAUCAACUCCAACGUUGGACAUCCACCAACUCUAAGCUUGAAGGAUCGUCCAAUGAUCUCGAAGAAAUAUUGUGCCCUGCCUUACGCUGUUACACCUCAACAGUCAGCAUCGAUCCAACGACGCAACGCUCGCGAAAGAAAUCGCGUCAAGCAGGUAAACAACGGAUUUGCUAAUCUACGGCAGCAUAUUCCUAGUUCGGUAGUGACGGCACUUACCAACGGUGGCCGUGGUCCCCAUAAAAAGCUCAGCAAAGUGGAUACUCUGAAAGUUGCUGUCAAAUACAUCCGUAGCCUUCAGCGGAUGCUCGACGAAGAUUUGGAAAACAGUGGCGAAUCUACCAAGUCCACCGUAGAUAUGCAGGCCUUAUCUCCAGUUUCCUACUACGGAUCGAUGUCUGAACCUUCGACGGCGUCUUCUCCAGCACCUUCGCAGAUUUCCGAGUAUUCCAACUACAGCAGUAGUCAACCGGAAACGAUAACUUCCUUCAAACGGGAGCCCUACGACGUGUACUCGGCUAGUCAAACGCUACCAACGACGACCACUGCUCUGCCGAGUAUGACUAGCUUCAGCACCGUUACGUACUCCCAACCAAUUCAUCAUGUGUACAAAACCCAAGUUCCGGAGUAUCAUCAACCGGAAGAGCUCAGUCCACAAAAUACCGACGAUGAAGAACUUCUGGAUGCAAUUUCCUGGUGGCAACAGCAGCAGUGAAGCUCAGUUAGUUCUAUGUUACCUGGCUAGUACAAGACUGACACGGUCAUGAUUGGAGAUUCCACACUU